AUGAGUUCCAAAGCCUCUAAGGGGACACCGAAGAAGAAAUCGGCUGGCGACGAGCCGGAACAGGCAAAGGCCUCGAAGGUGAAAGUUCCUCGCUCUUUCAUCACGAGACCAAGCCCAAACUUCAACGCCAAAUCAUGUGUCAAGGUUCUGCUGCAUCCUUCGAUAUUAAAAGCCAUUGACAUCUUACCUGGCUCAUUGGUGCAUGCUGCUAGAGAAGGAGACGGUGCCGGUAUUUUGGCACAGGUCAGUCCAGCAGACUCAGGCUGUCCUUUCAAUGUGAUCCAAGUUUCUGCCGGUUUAAGGACGGUGUGCAACUUUCUCCUUGGUGAUAGAUUAGAGAUUUCCAAGAUUGAAAGUCAACCUCCAUACGCUAUGAAUAUCACCAUAGGUACUCUUUCAGGGAUCAAAUUGCACGACCGUGCUCGAAAGACCGUGGAGAAGUUGUUAGAAGAUGUUGGUAUCGUCAUGCCAGGGUUGACGCUAUACAAAGUUGGUAUACCGAGUGAAGUGGAAGGUGAGGAAAAGACGUUUGAGGACUUGAUCAUCACACAGGUUGAUGAUCAUCCAGAUAUUUCCAGUCUAAAGAUCCAAGACGAUGGUGCACAGCAAAACACUGAUGACGGUGCAUUCCAAAGGUUUGUAUCUCCUCCUCUCCUGUUCAAGAGGGGGUCGACUAUACUCAAUUUCACAGAUGAGAGUGAACCACACUCAAGGUAUAACUUGCCAAAGAAAACUACAUACUCACAGAUUGGUGGUUUGGUCAAGGAGAUAAAGGAUCUGAAAUCUGCAAUUGAAUUGCCCUUGCAUCAUCCUGACUUCUUUGCAAGAUUUGGAACCAAUCCACCUAGAGGCGUACUCUUACACGGACCACCUGGUACCGGUAAAACGAUGCUUCUAAGAGCAGUUGCUGCUGAGACCAAUGCACACGUGCUCAGCAUUGAUGGACCAUCGAUUGUAUCUAAAUACCUCGGUGAGACAGAGUCCAAGCUGAGAGAUUGCUUCAAUGAAGCAAGAAAGUACCAGCCUGCGAUCCUCUUCGUGGAUGAAAUCGACUCCCUUGCACCAAGUAGAGAUAGUGAUAAUUCAGGUGAAGCUGAAAGCCGAGUUGUUGCUACGCUUUUGACGUUAAUGGACGGUAUCGGGAGCAAUGGACGUGUCGUCAUUGUAGCUGCUACCAACAGGCCAAACUCAAUUGAUAUUGCGUUGAGAAGACCAGGAAGAUUCGACAGAGAGGUUGAAAUUGGUAUUCCAGAUAUUGAAGCACGCCAUUCCAUUCUCAAUUUGUAUCUGAAUAGGAUCAAAUAUCAUACACUCUCAGCUGAUGAGAUUUCCAAUAUUGCAUCAAAGACGCAUGGAUACGUCGGUGCAGACAUUGCAUCUCUCUGCGAGCAAGCAGUGUCAAAGGUCUAUCAGCGUAUGAAGGAUCAAGACAUGGACCUGGACAACUCGUUUGUUACCUUGGAAGAUUUCGAACAAUCUCUGAUUGACAUUCGUCCUUCUGCUAUGAAAGAGAUCUUCCUCGAAACACCAAAGGUGUACUGGAGUGAUAUUGGUGGUCAAGAACAGUUGAAGAGGACUUUCAAAGAGGUUAUAGAGCUUCCUCUUGAAACACCUGAUGGGUUCAAAAGACUUGGAAUCAAACCACCAAAGGGUGUAUUGUUAUACGGACCACCAGGUUGUUCUAAGACAUUAGCUGCAAAGGCAUUGGCCACUGAGUCGGGUGUUAACUUCCUCACUAUAAAGGGGCCAGAGAUCUUCAACAAGUAUGUCGGUGAGUCUGAGAGAAAGAUUAGGGAGAUCUUCCGCAAGGCCAGGGCAGCAGCUCCUAGUAUUCUGUUCAUAGAUGAGAUUGAUGCUCUUGGAGGUGACCGUGGCGAUGACUCGGGCCACUCAACUAGCGCAUCCAGUAACGUACUGACCUCCCUAUUGAACGAACUCGACGGUGUUGAAGAGUUGAACGGUGUCGUCGUCGUCGGCGCAACUAAUAGACCUACAGAAAUCGACCCAGCACUAUUACGGCCGGGAAGACUGGAUUCUCACAUCUACGUUGCGCCACCGGACCACGGAGCAAGACUGGAGAUCCUGAAGAAACAAACGAGCAAAAUGCAGUUACAAGAUGUUGAUCUAGAAGAGUUGGCGUGCCAACUCGAAGGCUGUUCCGGUGCAGAAGUGGUCAACCUCGUCCAGAAAGCCGGAACCACCGCACUCGCUGAAGACAGAGACGCCACCAGUGUUCUCAAGAGACACUUCGACAUUGGACUGGCUUCUCUUUCAAGAGGUAUCACACAGGAAAUGUUGCAGUACUUCGAAGAGUUUGCCCAAGGACGUGGAUGA